GUGGAAUUAUAUGACCAUGUAAAACAUGUGAGAUAUGUGCAGUCAUCGGGGAGGUGCAAUAAAAGUUUGCUAGCUACAAUUCAAAUAUUGAAUAUUUGAAGAGGUAUGCACUGUAGUCCUUUUGACUCAGCCGUUCUCUGCUGAAUAAACUUGUUAAACAGGGUAAGAUUUUGAUUAAGAUUAUGAACACAUCUCCGCUUAAAGUUUUUGAACUAACAAAUGUUUAAAAUUAGUUUCCAAUGUAAGUUUAAUCGAUUUCAUGUGAUCCAAUGUAAUCCAAUCUGUCUUUCAAGCCUAAAACACUAGUAAGGAAUUGCGCCUUAUGAUGAUUGGCCCUCCAAUGUUGAUUAAAUGCUCCAAAUCAUUUCCUUCAUCUGUUUCUGAUACUAUUUUAUGUGGAAAAGGCCAUUCAUCAAGGAAACAUGUAUUAUCGAUGAUUUUGGAAGGCGGUUUCGGCAAAAGAUCCAGAUUUUCGUGUAUUUUGGUUUAUUGGACACAACAGGCACUGAAAUCCCAUAGUCUGAUCAUGUUCAUAACACGUAUCUCUUAAUUUGUAAUAAAGUACGGAGUCGAGCAGGAAAUUCAGGAAACCGACAUGUGACUAAAUUCAAGUGUGGAGGAUUAGCUAUUGGAAUGAGCAUGAACCACUGUAUGCUAGAUGGGAUUGGUGCUAUGGAAUUUGUAAAUGGAUGGGGUGAAGUUACCAGAGGCUUGCCCUUAAAGAUCCCUCCAUUUUUAGAAAGAAGCAUUCUAAAAGCACGGAACCCACCUGUGAUAGAAUUUUCACACCAUGAAUUUGAUGAGAUUGAAGAUAUAUCAAACACAAGCAAGCUCUACGAAGAAGCGGAAGAAGAAAUGCUCUACAAGUCAUUCCUUUUUGACCCAGAUAUGCUUGAACAACUCAAGGAAAAAGCUACAGAAGAUGGAAUUCUAUCCAAAUGCACCACCUUUGAAGUCCUAGCAGGCUUUGUCUGGAGAGCUCGGUGUCAAGCAUUAAACUUGAUUUCUGAGCAACAGACUAAGCUCCUCUUCGCUGUUGAUGGACGGCGAAGAUUUAUCCCUCCAUUACCUGUAGGCUUUGCUGGUAAUGGGAUUGUUUUAACAUACUCAUUAGCUACUGAUGGUGACUUAGUUGAGAAGCCGCUAUCCUUUGCAGUGGGAUUAAUCCAACAGGCAGUUAAAUUGGCUACAGACAGGUAUAUGAGAUCAGCCAUUGACUAUUUUGAAGUAACAAGAGCUAGGCCUUCUUUGUCUGGAAUUGUUCUGCUUACAACUUGGUCUAAGCUAUCUUUCUACACCAUAGACCUUGGAUGGGGAGAACCCAUAUCAUCAGGGCCUGUAUCUUUGCCAGAAAAGCUAGUUAUUCUCUUCCUUCCUCAUCAGAAAGAUAAGAAAAGCAUUAGUUUGUUUCUGGGAUUGCCAGCUUCUGCAAUGAAUACCUUUGAAGAACUAAUGCAGAUUUGAAAAGUCAAGAGGAUUUGUUCUCUUUUCUAGUAUAGAUAGGCAUAUUUACAGAAGUUCUAUUGUUGAACCAUUUGUCAUAAUUGUCUGAUGUAACAGUUCAUUUCCCGAAAGAAGAAUGGAUUAUACGUGCUGCUCCAAACAAAAAGGCUGUGUCAGAUGUAUACUUGCAUUCAUUUCUGAGGCUUUAUGUCAGUACGUAGUUUUCUUCAAUUCAAGAUCAAAAAUAACCUCAGAUCAGCUACCUUCUGAGUUCUAAUUCAUAUUAUUUGUUCAUGUGAUCAUGUGGCAUAAUUCUUAGUCAAAUGGGCGUCUGUACUCGUAUCAAAAGUAAGAAUUUAUACUGUAUAUAUUGAUGUAAGAAAGCCAGAUGAGGCCUUCGAGAUAUAUGCAACUGCUCUAAUUCUCUGCGUUUCAAACUAUGAGAAAUGCAGUCUUUAGGAGCACAUUUUUCCAACAGCUUCCUCAAUAUUCUGUGGAUUAAUCCAUUUUCAUGUGCUUGAAUUAUUUCACUUUUGGUUUUGC